CGCAGGCAAGAGGGCGAACGCACAAAUAAAGGAAAUCUCGAGUCUUUCGCAGCCGACUCUUCGGAACAGCCCUGGUGACUGACCUCGCCUCUAAAAUAUUCGAACUCUUUCAAGAGGAAACGUGGACAUUGGAUGAAAAAACCAAAAGGCAAGUAGUUUUUUUAAAUGACAUGUGUGGACCACACAGGCAUUGGCUACUCCACUGAGGACGGGGCGGCGAGUGCAAUUUCAAGCAAUGACAUCACUUUUCCUGACGAGUGCUUCCAAACGCGGAAAGACAUCUGAGACGAUUUUCCCUGGAUGUCCGACGCAAAAGAAAAUUUAGAUUUUUAAACGUAAAUACAAUUUAUUCAUAUGUUUUAUGUGCCAUACUCUCUAUAGAGACUGCGCGUAUUUUUGCACAAUUUUCGACGGAUUCCGACAAAUGAGGCUGGCCGUCGUCCCUCAGAGCGCCCCCAGGGACCCGCGCGCCCCGGCCUCCCCGUGAAGGCGGGACCCCCGCGAGCGGCGUCCGCGCGGCCCGGAGGGGACGAUAAGAAUGGGACGCGCCUCCCGGGACGGAACCCGCACCCCGCCGCCCCGUCGUCCGGAGUCCGCGCCCUCCCAGGGUCCGAGGCCCGCAUAGCCGAGCGCACCGAGCGCGCCCAGGUUGUGGCCUCCCAGAAGGAGACUGCAGAGAAAGAGGUGGCCGAGAGGAGACUGACUGUUCUGUGCUGAGGAGAGCCAGACUCACAGGUGGGAAUGUCUGAAGAAGCGGAGCUGAGGGAGUGCGACGAGGCCUUCGAGUCAGAAGAGGGCGACAUUGAGCCGUACCUGGAGGACGCAGAGAGCAGCAGGGAGCUCCUGGAGAGGCUGCGGGAGCUGGAGGCGGAGAACUCGGCCCUGGCCCUGGCGAACGAGAGCCAGAGAGAGGCCUACGAGAGGUGUCUGGAUGAGGUGGCCAACCAUGUGGUACAAGCCCUUCUGAACCAAAAGGACCUGAGGGAGGAGUGCAUUAAGCUGAAGAUGCGGGUGUUUGACCUGGAGAGGCAGAACAGGACCCUGACCGAGCUCUUCCACCAGAAGCUGCACAGCCAGCCCAGCUCCCUGCAGCAGAUGCCAUUGGUUCCCUUCCCAGAGCACAGUGCUGAGCCGCUGCUCAUUGGCCAGGACAAGCCAGCAGCAGUACAGAGUGAUGGGCAGGCCAAGAGUGGUGGGGAUCGCACUCGAAAUGGCACAACAGGCACCCCAGCUCCUCCGUCUUCGAUGGAGGCCCUGUCCCCCUUCUUCAAGAAGAAAGCGCACAUCCUGGAGGUGCUCCGUAAACUGGAGGAGUCCGACCCCCUGAAGUUCCAUCCGUCCACGGGCCUCCCCUCGUACCCCGACCUGGGCCAGGCGCUGGUCCCGGAGGAGGCGCCCCUGGCCCGCGGCGGCUCCGCCCCCCCGCAGCCGCGCUGCCGCCACUCCUGCUCGGACUCGGACCUCCACGAGUACGCCAACGGCGAGGGGGCGUCGCUGCGCGAGGAGCGCGACGGCUGCCCGCCCCCCCUGCCGCUGACGCGGAAGAGCCUGGAGAGCGUGCUGCAGUGCGGCCGGGAGCCCGCCGCGCCCCGCCCCGCCCGCCGCGGCGCGGACCCCGCCGGGGGCGCCGCGAGCCCGUCCCGCGCGCGCGCGCGUACCGUGCCAGAGGAGCGCCGCGGCGCCUCCCCGGGGCGCAAGGACUCCAAACCCGCCCGGGCGCAGGCCAACCAGAGCGGCGCCCCCAGUGCGGGGCUCGGAGAUUCCCCACCGCCGGAGGACCCGAUGAGCUUGAGCCCCCCGGAAGGCCAGCUGUCCGGUGUGACCGACCUUCCUCUGAGCACAAAGCACACGGAGGGCGUGGCCUACCAGGGCCUGAGCUCUGCCGGGCAGGUCGCGGGGACGGAGGACCGCUACCUGGAAGUGGCUGCCGACGCGGCGGACGUGGAAGGCGGCUCGUCCAGCGCUACCUCGAACGCUCCUGCUCGCGGGGUGACGGCCGGCUCCCGGGCCGCGUACCGCGAGCGCGACGGCGAGGACCAGGUCUGCAACGGCCUGUGCCUCCCCUCCGGCGAGACGCCGCUUCCCCUGAAGGCGGUCGAGAGGAGCGCCGCGGAGACGGAGGCUCCUCCCGCCGGCAAGUCCAAACUCAGCCCGACGUCCCCGUCGUGCGUCGACGAGGCGAAGGGCUCCCCCGUCUCGUCCCCGUCCCGGCUGCUCAAGUUCCUGAAGAUACCGUCCAUUGGGGAGCGGGCGCAGGCCGCCAACCCGCUGCGCCUCAGCCCCCAGCUGACCCGCAGCUCCAAGAUCCCCUGCCGCAACAACAACUACGAGGUGUACCACUCCCCCGUCCUGGCCCGCAAGGCCACCACCGCCGAGCGGGACAGGCAGCCGCCGUCCUCCAAGGCCGACCCCUACCCCGCGACGCACUCCGCCCCCACCUCCCCGCCCAAGCCCGAGGACGCCGGCUCGCCCGUCGCCCGGGAGGUGUCCUACAGCAGCCACUCGGCGCCCAAAUCCAGCCGGGGCGCCAAGCUCGCGCCCUCGUCCCAGCCCCAGAGGGGCCUGCAGAAGGUGCCGCACUACGAGAACGUCUCCGACCUCUCCUGCCCGGCGGAGGGGGGGGCGCCCCAGUUCCUCGAUCGGCUGAAGGGGCCCCACUUUCUGCCCUACCCUCAGAGUGAGGACCCCGCGGACGGGCACGCUAGCACGUCGGAGGAGAAGAGCCUCGACGGUCUGUCGCCUCCCGCGGCUAAUCCGCCUUGCGAGCAGGACCAAGAGAGCGCCAUCUGGUACAAGAUCCAUAACCACCAUAGCCUGCCCUCCUCCUCAGGCUUCCUCAAAGCCCAGAGUAGCCCCAAUUACUCCAGCAUGAGGGACAAGCAGCAUGACCGGGGUGCCCCUGACACUGCCCAGCCGGGCUCCGAACCUGUCCAAUCUCAGUCCGUCGCCAAGAGGAGCGACCCGCCCUCCAUUCCCAAAAAGCCAACCGCGGGCAAGUCCCCGAGCGAGUCCGGCCACCAUCCAUUCAAAGAGCGCCUGGCAGCUCUUGGCAAGCUCAAGAGCUCCGAGGAUUUGCCAGUUGGCCCCCUGCCUGUGGAUAGGAAGGACUUGCAGUGCGGGGGUAAAGUCACAUCUGGCAGCGGUGAGAAAAGCAAAACCGCGGAAAGGCAGGCUGAUCGCGGUGAACACCGACACUCCAAGUACACGGACUCCCUGGAUGGCAAGCCGUACCCCAAAGCCAGCCUCGCUAGCUACGCGGUAAAGUUUCCCGGUCCCUGCGCGCCUUACGAACCUGGAGCCAAAUCCUCCGCCGGUGGCUCCUCUGUCCCUAAGGCGGAGCAGGAGACCUUUCCACCGAGAGCGUUCGUAGCAAAGGCGGAGGGCGCAAAGUACAGGGCGGGCCUGCCGUCCGCCGCCCCUGACCCCCCUCAGGUACUGCGCAAUUACAUGAAAUGCGCCGCCGCUCAGAACCUCCCUCCCGGCAGCAAGGCGGGCCCCAGCCCCCAGAGCAGCCCCACUAAGGUUCCCUCCAAGUCCCCCUCCAAACCCGGCCCGGCUCCCUCCGGCGCCCGCGGGCCCAGACCUGUCCAGGACGACCGCGCCGCCGCGCCGAAGCCCUCGCCCCGGACCGAGGACAAGGGCAAGCUGACCGCCGGCAAGAAGAAGAGCUACGGCGAGAGCCUCCCGCCGCCGCCGCCGCGGCCCCCCGAGGCCGGCGAGGAGAGGAAGGCCUGCGCGCCCUGCCCUCAGUCCGCCAUCGAGCAGAAGGUGAUGAAGGGCAUCGAGGAGAACGUGCUGAAGCUGCAGGAGCAGGACCGCGGCCAGGCGGCCGAGGUCAAGCAGAAGGCCUCCAACGGCAUCGCCAGCUGGUUCGGCCUGCGCAAGAGCAAGCUGCCCGCCCUCAGCCGCAAGCCGGAGAUGUCCAAGCUCAAGCUGAACGUGUCCUCCGCCGCCAAGGACCCGAAGGCCGCCACCAAGAAGAAGCUGGAGGUGGAGAGCCUCAACAUCUCCAAGCUGAUGGAGAAGGCGGAGGACCUGCGCAAGGCCCUGGAGGAGGAGCGGGCCUACGUCAACGGCGUGGCCCUGGACCGGCCCGGCAGGGGCCACAGCUGCGAGGUGGUGAUGGACCAGGCCCAGGGCCAGCUGUCCGUCAUGUACAGGGGCGUGGCCUCCGACAACUUCAUGCAGCAGCUGCUGAACCGGGUGGACGAGAGGGACCCCGGCAGCUUCGGCCUGGCGCACCGGCGCCUCUCCUUCGACUCCAAGAAGUCCCGGCCCGUCAUCGGCUACCAGAGGAACGGCAUCAGCCACGCCCGGAGCCGGGAAGAGAUGGGAAAGGGUUCGGACCUGGUCAGCAAAGAGGACAUUGCUUCAGAGGAGAGCUUGGCCGAGUCCAUGGGCUCACAGCACUUUGCGGGUUCAGGUGCCUCCAUGCGCACCCUUGACAGUGGCAUCGGCACCUUCCCCCUGCCGGACUACGUAGGCGGUGCGGCGGGGAAAAGCAUCCCCAAGGCGAGGCCACAGGGGGAGCAGGAAUCUGCCUCCCACGGGAAACCGGGGCUCGUGACGAAGGUUCCGCGCAAGGCCCGCACGCUGGAGCGGGAGCUGUCGUCUCUGGAGGAGGCGAACCCCUCCGCCCUGUACGGUGCCUCCCUGGAGGGCAGGGGUCCCAGCAUCCUGCUGUCCAGCACCAUCCACGAAGAUGUGGACGCCUAUGGGGCACACAUGCGGUCUCCGCCCUCAAAGAACUGGACCUUCCCCAACCUGAAGGCGUCCACAGGUCCUGCUGACAUAUACCUGGGGGUCAAAGGGGAGGUGGAGCCUGCAGCCCAGGGGAGUCCUUUCAGGCAGGGUCUGAAGCCGUGCGUUCCUGUGCCCCCCCGCGAUGUGGAAGCCCCCGGCCUGGCACUGCCGCCCCAGAUGGGGCUCAGCCGGCGGGGCAAAGGGCGGACCCCCAGCGCUUCGGAGGUGGGCAAGGAGGGCGGCCUGGAGCUGGUGAAGGAGCGGCCGGACGACAUCCUGUCCCCCAGCCGGCCCCAGGCCCUGGAGACGCCCGAGUCCCUGAGCGACUCCCUGUACGACAGCCUGUCCUCCUGCGGGAGCCAGGGGUGACCCACGCCCCGCCCCACCCCG